GGGCCUGUCCUGCAGACCAACUCCGACCUGUCUUUGUAGGGAAGACAUGCCGUCUGCCAAGCAGCUGGCCGACAUUGGCUACAAGACCUUCUCUGCCUCGAUGAUGCUCCUCACUGUGUACGGGGGCUACCUCUGCAGCGUACGAGCCUACCAUUACCUCCAGCUGCGCAGUGCCAGGCGCCAGGCCGCGGAAGAGCAGAAGACCUCAGGAGUCCUGGAGAGCUCGGCUCUUCCUUUGGCGCAGCCGACGCGUGAGGCAUGAGGCAUGAAACGGGAAAAGACCUCCCGGAAUGCCAUCCCUGGCGAGAACUAGGCCACGAUGCCUUUCAAACCUGCCGUGGUUUCUGUGGUACUGCUGGCUUGUGCCAUUUUGAUGAUUUAUGGAGGCCAUCAGAGUAAAUGGGAACGUGAGGGUGAGGUUCAAUACAGAGAUUAAAUAUUUUGCUUUGUUUGUG